AACUGGAUGUGAAACAUUUUUUUUUUUUUUACAGAAGCGACCAAAACCAAAUUGAAUGAUCGCGGUAGCAGCGGGCGGCUAGCUAACUUUAUCGGCUAUCAUUGUCAACAGACUGUCUGAAAAAACAGGACAUGAUCUGUGGUGAGAAAUGGUUGAAUUAGGAGCUGCGUUAACCGGUUGAAUUCGCGGUUUGAGGGAUGGAAAACGGUUGUCAAGAAGGGUAGAGAAAAAUGUUAGCCAGUUAGCUCCCGUUAGCUAGCCGUGUUAUCGUUGCAUCAAAUUAGUGGGCUGAGUUAGACAGGCUAACUCAGCCCACUAAUUUAAGCAGGCACACGCAUCCCCGUCUGUCGGUCGCUCACCUAGUAUCUUGUAUAACUGAUCGAGUGUUUAACCACGUUCUGGUGUGCUAGCGGAGCCGCGCUACAGUCUGCACAAGUCAGAUUACACCUUAACCGCUAACCCAAACACAGGCAUGGCACACGAGGGCUUCCCUCUGCAUUUUCUGGUCUGGAAUAACCAGUACCUGGAGCUGGAUCGGGAGCUGCAGAAAAAAGAGCAGGGCGUGGAGCGUUUGGACCCGAGAGGGCGCACCCCGCUAGAACUGGCUGUGUGUCUGGGCCACCUGGAGUCCACCCGAGUGCUGCUCAGACACGCUGCUGACCCAACGCACUGCAACGCGCAGAGCUGGACCAUCUUGCAGGAGGCGGUGAGCACCGGAGAUCCUGAGCUGGUUCAGCUGGUGCUCCAGUACAGAGACUUCAAGCGGGCCACAGAGAGACUGGCGGGCAUCCCAGAGCUGCUCAGCAAACUGAGACAGGCACGAGACUUUUAUGUGGAAAUGAAGUGGGAGUUCACCAGUUGGGUGCCCUUGGUGUCGAAGGUGUGUCCCAGUGAUGUGUACCGGGUUUGGAAAAGCGGAUCAUGCCUCCGUGUUGACACCACUCUCCUGGGCUUUGAACACAUGACGUGGUUGAAAGGACGACGCAGCUACAUUUUUAAAGGUGGAGAUGAUGGAGCCGUGGUGAUGGAAGUCGACCACGAGAAACAAGUGGUAUACACUGAGCCCCUCGUGUUGUCCCCUCGUGACGCACCAUCCCUCCUGGCGGCCAUGCAGCCCACACAGGAGAACACAGCCCAGAGACUCACGUCGCCCAUUGUUUCCACGCACCUCAACACGCGCAACAUUGCCUUUGAACGAAACAAGUCUGGGAUCUGGGGGUGGCGAUCGGAGAAGAGUGAGGUGGUCAGCGGCUACGAAGCUAAGGUUUACAGUGCUACUAAUGUGGAGCUGGUGACCCGGUCAAGGACAGAGCAUCUGUCAGACCAGGAUAAGUCCAGAAGCAAAGGCUCCAGGACUCCUCUUCAGUCCUUUCUGGGGAUAGCUGAGCAGCACACAGCUCACAAUGGGAGUAACAUGUCCCAAUGUGCCAGCCCGCACAACCCCACAGCCAUCACAGCUGAGGAAUACUUCAACCCAGAGUUCAACUUGAAUGGCAGGGACAUUGGACGACCCAUUGAGCUUAGCAGCAAAGUCCAAAGGUUUAAAGCCACCCUCUGGUUGAGUGAGACUCACCCUUUGUCACUGGCUGAGCAGGUGACACCAAUCAUUGACCUCAUGGCCAUCUCCAACGCGCACUUUGCCAAGCUGCGUGACUUUAUCACCCUCCGCCUGCCACCAGGCUUUCCUGUAAAGAUAGAAAUUCCCCUGUUUCAUGUGUUGAAUGCCAGAGUGACCUUCAGUAACCUGUGUGGCUGUGACGAGCCAGUCAGCUCUGUUACCGUUCACAAACCGGAGAGCUCCGAAGAAGCUGGUCAGUCGCCCCCUCCCUUCCAGUGCGAGGUCGACCCUUCUGUGUUUGAGCCCCCGUCGGACUACACCACCCUCGGUCCUGGUCGCAGUGAGCCAAUGAGAGACGAGGAUGAUAACCUGCUGCAGUUUGCCAUCCAGCAGAGCCUGUUGGACGCUGGCACAGAAAGCGACCAAGUGACCAUCUGGGAGGCACUGACGAACAGCCGCCCUGUGCCGCAGUCUCCCCUGUAUGAGGAAGACUCUCAGCUGGAGAGGGCUAUCCAGGAGUCUCUGUCCAUCUCACUGGCGAGCAGAGACGCCGAUGAUGUGAUGGACCCCAGCCAGCGCUUGUCUCUCUCACCUUCAGACCCUGCCCCCAACUCUCCGCUCUCCUACAGUACAGUGGCCGAUCCACAGUUGUCGGGGCACUUUGGUGUGGCAGCGAGUUUCGAUGAGCAGCUGCGCAUGGCCAUGGAGCUGUCGUGCAGGGAGCAGGAAGAGAUGGACAGGAAGAGGAAAGAGGAAGACGAAGAGCUGGAAAGGAUCCUGCAGCUGUCACUCACCGAGAAGUAAUGUCACAACCACAGCAACGACACAGAGGAACACAUCCUCUAUAUUUAUUGCUUUUUUAAAAAAA